UCUGACAAUCACAAUCUCGGCGGUCGCCUAGCAAGAAGGAAGCAGUGAAAGCGUCCGCCGAACUAAAAAGAGAUAAAGUAACUAGCCGGAAUAAAUAAAAAGAAGUUACGGUCACAAAUAACGGAAUGUCAACUAGCGUUGGACAUAGUCAACUCACUCUUACUUCGGAACCGGAGAAAUUUCGAAAUCCACCAUGGUGGAAUCGUCGUACCAAAUUAGAAAGGACACUAUGUUUCCUUACGGUAACAUCUCUUUUGAUGUUGGCAGUAAUGGCUGCAGCAUUGGCUGUAUUUGGCUAUCUUUACCAAAGAAAUAUAGAUUCAAGAGAAACUAUAUUCGUUCCUUCAAAUGCAGAAAGAUUUGUUAGAAAUGAAAAUUCAUCAGACAUGUCUGAUAUUUGUUUAACGCCAGGCUGUGUAAAAACAGCUGCUGAAAUCCUUCAAAACCUGAACGAGGAUGCAGAUCCCUGCGACAACUUCUACAAAUUCGCGUGCGGUGGUUGGCUGGACAAACAUGCUAUUGCUGACGACAGGUCUUCUGUGUCUGUGUUCUCAGAUGUUCAAGAUGAGCUCAAUCUUAAACUAAGAGUUCUGCUUGAUAAGCAAUCAGAUGGGUCAGAACCAAAAACAGUCAAAAUGAUCAAAGAUAUGUAUGAUUCCUGCAUGAAUUUAAAGAGUAUCGAGAAGUCUGACAGCGAGCCACUACAGAAGGUGCUGAAAACUUUAGGAGGGUGGCCAGUGGUUGUGGGAGAAAAUUGGGAUGGGUCCAACUUUGACUGGAUGGAAACUCUUUUUGCGUUCCGGAAACUUGGUUACAGUCAUGAUAUUCUCGUCGAUCUAUCAGUCACAGCAGACUACAGGAACAAUACAGUACACAUCAUCGAUCUGGAUCAAACUUCCUUGGGGAUGCCAGAUAGGACAUAUUUAGUGAAGGGCUUAAACGACUCCUCCACUGAAGCCUAUUUCAAUUUGAUGAUCAAAACUGCCAAGAAACUUGGAGCAAAUGAACAAACUGUUGAGAAAGAAUUGCUGCAAGCCUUGAACUUUGAGAUUACUUUAGCAAACUAUUCAUUACCAAGAGAAGAACGUAGAAAUCUAAGUAGUAUGUACAACAAAUUCACACUUCCACAGUUGCAAGAACUUGUUCCAGGGAUUGAUUGGCCCAAGUAUUUUAAUGGACUUUUGAAUGAUCCAAUUACUGAAAAUGAAACAAUGAUUGUAUCGGUUCCAAAAUUUUUGAAGAAAUUUGGAGAGCUUAUCGCUACGACGGAUAAGAGGAUCGUUGCAAACUACAUGUUAUGGAGAGUUGUAGCACAGUCCUUGACUAUGUUGUCUAAAGAUUGGAGAGCUCUAGCUCAAGAAUACAGUUCAGUUAUUACUGGUAAAAGUCAAGAAGAGCCCCGUUGGGAACAGUGCCUUUCUUCGUUAAGCGGAAGCCUUGGGAUAGCUUUGAGUUCAUACUAUGUGAAGCAUUAUUUCAAAGGAGACAGCAAACAUAGGGCCAUGGAGCUGGUUAAAUACAUUAGCAAAGAAUUUUUAAUUAUAUUAGAACAAAUCGAUUGGAUGGAUGACGAAACAAAAAAACAAGCUAAAGAGAAGGCGAAAGCUAUUACUCCUUAUAUUGGGUACCCACAAGAAUUAUUAAAUGAGUCACUCGUUAUGGAGCUUUAUGAAAAUUUAACUAUUACGAACGGAAGUUAUUUUGAAAAUAUCAUGAGUCUUAGAAGGUGGUCCACAGAUUAUGCUUUUUCUCAAUUAAGGAAACCAAAUAUUAAAGGAGAGUGGAAAAAGCAUGCAAGGGCAGCAGUUGUCAACGCAUUUUAUAAUGCCUUGGAAAACAGCAUAGAAUUUCCAGCUGGAAUUUUACAAAAUGCUUUUUUCAAUAAAGAUAGACCACAUUAUAUGAAUUUUGGCGGCAUUGGUUAUGUUAUUGGACAUGAAAUUACACAUGGAUUUGAUGAUAGAGGUAGACAAUUUGAUAAGGAUGGCAACAACAAAAAUUGGUGGGAUCAUACUACAGAUGAGCGCUUUAAGGAAAAAGCAAAAUGUAUUAUUCACCAAUAUGGAAAUUAUACUGCUGACAAUGGACAAAACCUAAAUGGAAUCAAUACUCAAGGAGAGAAUAUUGCAGAUAAUGGAGGACUGAAAGAAGCAUAUUUGGCAUAUAAUUCUUGGGUAAGAGAUAAUGGUGCAGAAAAAAAAUUACCUGGAUUAAAAUAUACACCUAGUCAACUUUUUUGGAUUAGUGCAGCUAAUGUUUGGUGUGGAAAAUAUAGACCAGAAGUUUUGAAGUUAAGGAUAAUAUCUGGAUCUCAUAGUCCACCUGAAUUCAGAGUAAUAGGCCCGAUGUCCAACUUAAAAGAAUUUUCCAAAGAAUUCGACUGCCCUGCCGGAUCUAAUAUGAAUCCUCAUAAGAAGUGCCAAGUUUGGUAAAAUGUUCCAGUGAGAUUGAAAAUUUAAGAAUUAUUUAUUUGAGGUGCGAGUUUUAGGGUGGUAAAAGAGUGAGCAAAGACUAAAAUUGUUUUUACAUUUGUACAGUUACUUGUUUGUCUUUUUGUAAUAAAAUUAAAAAAUACCA